AUGCGCACCGGUGUGAGCAUGAGCAGCAACUGGCGCUUGUUCGCCGAUCGUACUUGGGCGCUCUCGCAGCGGAUGGCUUUGCACUCGCCCUUUCACCUAAAGUCGCUCUCGCUCACCUGCUCGAGCACGCUGUGCAGCCUGCGCCCUGCCUCGAGUCGCACCUCCCGUACGCCAGUGUCGACCUCCACGGCAAAGCGCAAGUCCAAGAAAUCUCCCACGACGUCGACUGGUGUCAGUCCCAGGACAGGGGCUGCAGCUUCUUCUUCCCAGGAGCCCAGCGCCGCUUCCCUGGUCGCAGCGGAGGAGCAUCAGCUGACGGAGAGUGAUGUGCGGCUCGCUAUGCGCACGGUCAUGGCGUCGCACUUCAGCCUCGUCCAGCACUCCCGCAAACCGGCGAAGGUUCAGAUCGCAAAAGAGCGGCUGGCAAUCGAGGAAAGGCAUCAGGACCGGCAACGGCGUCUCCUCGAGAAGGAUGAGAACUCACUGCAGCUGCUCGGGGCGGACGGCAUGGUGAUAGGCGAAGGCAUCCUUCCUCUUCUUGCUGCAGCAAAGAAGAACCCCUACGACGAAACUAGCUCCCGCCGUUCUAUGGCAUUGCCUGACAGUGGCGCGUGGCGAGCGCUGAACCCAGUCGGUCUUUCAGCAUCGCAAGUCGGCGCGUCUGCCUUUCUUCCGGGAGGCGGCGAUGGCGACGACGACGCUGGCACGCUGAGUGGGACUGACUAUGCAUCUUUUCUCGAACGCUCUGAGGCAGUGUCGAUUGGCGGCAGCAAAGGAGAGGAGGCGGAGGCGGAGACGGACGCGUGGAAGUCGGCCACUCUGGCCGCACUGAGCGUACCUGAUCUCUCAGUCUACGACGCCGACCACGAUUUUCGCAUCAGCAGUGAGGAGGCGAUGCGAGGAGUAGAGGAGAGCGGCUCCAAGGUGGUGUCUUCGAGCACUGGCGGCACCGCUGCGGUGCAGGCAGAGCGACUCGGCGUGUCGACUGGCUUAGAUCCCUUGUCUACACGCCCAGGUGUGUCCAAGGCAGCGGCGGCGGCAAUGCAGCGUCAAUUCGAUGAAGACGAGGACCCCGACUACACUGUUGCGAUCUUCACCGAUGACAAGGAGGAUCCGUUGAGCUUGUGA